AUGGGGACUUGGGAGGAGACAGAAUGGAUUUGGGACCUAAAAUGGAGAAGGACUCUCUUUGACUGGGAAGUGCCGAUUCUUAAUGAACUGUUAUCUUCUAUCUCUGCCAUUGUCCCAACUGCAGGUACGAUUGACGGCUGGAGAUGGACGGCAUCUAAGGAUGGCAGAUUUUCUACCAGCUCCGCUUACGCCUGGAUCAAAGAAAGUAGGUCACGUGAAGUGACGAGAUCUUCCAGUAAACAAAAAUCAGCCUUGGCCUGGAAAAUCUGUGCUCCUCAGAAAGUAAGAGUCUCGGCGUGGAGAAUUCUCAGGAAUAGGCUUCCUUCUUGUGACAACUUAAGGAAGAGGAAUAUUCCUGUGGGUGAGGAGGAAAUCAUGUGCAAUGCCUGCUGCCAGGAAGUGGAAUCUGCCAAUCACGUGUUCCUCACUUGCCCGAAGACAGAUAUGCUUUGGAGUGAGAUCCAGAGGUGGACUGGUUUUCUUUCGGCACGACCUAAUAGCAUUGAAGGUCACUUCGACGUCUUCACACAGAUGGGAAAAGGCAAGAAGAGUAGGAGGUUCUUAUCGGCACUUUGGGCUUGCACCACCUGGCUCAUCUGGAAAGGAAGGAAUGAGAGUAGAUUCGAAGGCAAGAACUGGGAUGUCAAAAAGUUAUGUGGAGAAAUCAAAGCUCGGAUGUGGAGUUGGAAUAGAAUCUUCAACUUUUUUUAG